AUGGCGCAGAACGACUCGACGCCCGAGUGGGGAGCUGCCCGCGUGCGGAGCACCUUCCUCGACUACUUCAAGGAGCGAGGACAUACCUUUGUGCCUUCCUCCUCGGUCGUCCCCCUCUCCGACCCGACUCUCCUCUUCGCCAAUGCUGGCAUGAACCAGUACAAGUCCAUCUUUCAAGGCACCGUCGACCCCGCCUCCGACUUCGCCCAGCUCAAGCGCGCCACGAACUCGCAAAAGUGCAUUCGCGCGGGCGGCAAGCACAAUGACCUCGACGAUGUGGGCAAGGAUAGCUAUCACCAUACAUUCUUUGAGAUGUUGGGUAACUGGAGCUUCGGCGACUACUUCAAGAAGGAGGCCAUUGGCUACAGCUGGGAGCUGCUCACAAAGGUGUAUGGCAUCGACCCCAAGAGGCUGUACGUGACAUAUUUUGAGGGAACCGACGAAUUGGAGCCGGAUCUGGAAGCUAAGGAGCUGUGGAAGAGCGUUGGUGUGCCUGAAGACCAUAUCUUGCCUGGAAACAUGAAGGAUAACUUCUGGGAGAUGGGUGACCAGGGUCCUUGUGGGCCUUGCUCAGAACUGCAUUAUGACCUGAGAGAGCCCGAGAACGGAGUCUACAGGAAUGCUGCGUCGCUAGUCAACGCGGACGAUCCCGAAGUCAUUGAGAUCUGGAACAACGUCUUCAUGCAAUAUAACCGCGAGCCAGACCGGUCAUUACGGCCUCUGCCUCACAAGCAUAUCGAUACGGGUUUGGGUUACGAGCGGUUGGUGUCAGUCCUGCAGAAGACCAAGUCAAAUUAUGACACGGAUGUUUUCAGCCCGCUGUUCAAGAAAAUCCAAGAGAUCACAGGUGCGCGGGAAUACAGGGGCAAGUUUGGAAAGGAAGAUGCAGAUGGCAUCGAUACCGCAUACCGUGUCAUUGCUGACCACGUCCGUAUGAUGUCCUUUUCUAUCGCUGACGGCGGUGUACCAAACAACGUCGGACGUGGCUACGUCGUGCGCCGCGUUUUGCGACGAGGAGCGCGAUUCGCUCGCAAAUACUUCGAGACUGAGAUCGGCAAUUUCUUCUCGAAGAUCGUACCGACACUCGUCGAGCAGAUGGGCGACAUGUUUCCUGAGCUGAGAAAGAAGGAGGCGGAUAUCAAGGAGAUCUUGGACGAAGAAGAGAAGAGCUUUGCCAAGUCUCUGGAUCGAGGCGAAAUCAUGUUCGAGAAGUAUGCACAGAAAGCUAAGGUCAAGGGCUCGAACGACCUCCCGGGUGAUGAUGUCUGGAGGUUAUACGACACGUACGGUUUCCCGGUCGAUCUGACGAAGAUUAUGGCCGAGGAGCGGGGCCUCAACAUUAACGAUCAGGAGGUUGAAGAGGCGCAAGAGAAGGCUCGCGAGGCUAGCAAGGGCGACAAGAAGGCUACCGCUGCAAUGGUAAAGUUCGAUGUUCACGACCUGAGCGCCCUCGAAAACAUGAACGAUGUGCCCAAGACGGACGACUUCGCCAAGUUCGGUCGCGAGAACAUCACAUCAGUCAUCAAGGCUAUUUAUCACAAUAAGAAGUUCCUAAAGAGCACAAAGGAGGUCCCUGAAGGCGAACAGUUUGGCGUCUUGCUCGAUCGGACGAACUUCUACGCCGAGCAGGGAGGUCAGGAGAACGAUACCGGCCGAUUGCUUGUCGACGGUGAAGCCGAGAUCAGCAUUGAGAACGUACAAGUGUAUGCCGGCUACGUGCUACACACUGGAUUCCUCAAGUACGGCGAGUUGAGCGUAGGAAGCGAGGUCAUUGCAGAAUACGAUGAGCUCCGCCGCCACCCAAUUCGCAACAAUCACACCGGAACGCACGUCCUCAACUAUGGUCUCAAGGAGGUGCUUGGUGACGAAGUUGACCAGAAGGGCUCGCUUGUCUCACCUGAGAAGCUGCGUUUUGACUUCUCACACAAGGCCGGUGUUUCUGACGCCGAGCUUGCCAAGAUCGAGAAAAUAUGUACUGAGUACAUUCGCCAAAAUUCGGAGGUCUACGCCAAGGAUGUGCCUCUGGCUACUGCGCGUCAGAUUCGGGGCGUGCGUGCUGUUUUCGGAGAGACAUACCCCGACCCCGUUCGCGUUGUCUCAGUUGGCGUCCCCGUUGAAGACCUCAUCGCCGAUGUCAAGAACGAGCAGUGGGAGAAGGUAUCUGUUGAGUUCUGCGGCGGCACGCAUGUCAAGCAGACGGGUGAGAUCAAGGAACUCGUCAUCCUCGAGGAGUCCGGUAUCGCCAAGGGUAUUCGCCGCAUCGUCGCGGUAACAGGCCAAGAAGCCUACGACGUCCAGCGCCAGGCCUCGGACUUUGAGGCCCAACUCAGCCGUCUGGAGAAGCUUGCUUUUAGCGCCGAGAAGGAAGCAGAAGCAAAGAAGAUGCAGACGGAGCUCAACCAGCUCGUCAUUUCUGCGCUUUCGAAGAGCCAGUUCCGCGAGCGGUUUGCCAAGAUCCAGAAGAGUAUCUUAGACGAGCAGAAGGCGUUUGCGAAGCAGGAUAACAAGCGUGUAUUGGAUGUUGUGACGAACUACUUCAAAGACAACAAGGAUGCGAAGUUCUUGGUGAAGAAGGUGGACUGGUCGAGUAACGUUGCCAAGGCUAUCAGCGAGGCGAUCAAGAACGUAUCAGGGCCGAAGAGUGCGAUCAAGGAUAAGAGUGUGUAUCUCUUCAGUGCGGGUGAUGGAAAGGUGGCGCAUGGGUGUUAUGUUUCUGAGUAUUUCAAGGAACAGGGCGCCGACGGACCUAAGUGGGCGAGCUCAGUCACCCCUGUCAUUGGCGGCAAGACGGGUGGAAAGCCUGGUGCGCCGACGGCGAUCGGUAACGGCACGAAUGCGGAGAAGAUUGAUGAUGGUGUCGAGGAGGCGAGGAAAUUCAUCGAAGGGUUCAAGUUGUAG